UUAUAUCUUCUACUUCCAGAGAAAACAUUUUCAAUAUGGCCCUUGGUUGCUCUUGAUAUUGAAACCGACAGCGAGUCAGCACGUGUUGAAGAGGUCACAAAUACAAGACAGCACAUACUACAGAAAGAGUAUUCAGACUCUUACAUUGUCAGUGAUUUUGAAACCAUGGCGAUAGAUGACAGUACAGAUUUGGUAGACGAGACAUAUGAAAGACAUACGACGCAUGCGCUCGAUACAAGACACGUCACGCUGCAAAGAAAUACGUCAUAUUCGACAGACGUCACAAGCGAAAGUAGCGCGUCACACGCUGUACAUAUACCGGUGUCGAGAGUAAGACGACGGCUCUCUCGUGGAUCUAGAGGUGUUCGUACACGGACAAGAAGAGAAGACAACCCAACACUUCCUGACGUCUCGGUAGACGAAGGGUACAGUUCACAGAGUCUUUGUUCCGUAGAUCUCCAAACAGUCCAGUCUCCAACUUCUGCCAGGCUCUCUACUGACAAACACAUGUCCUUCAUAUCCACUCCAUUUUGUUCCAGUGGCUGGUCGCUUGUACUGGACGUAUUCUCACAAGACAACGACGGGGACACCUUUCUCCAUCUCUCCAUUAUCGACUGCAACGUUGAACGAACAGAAUCUUACAUUUCCUUGGCUCCAAACCAGGACUGGCUGAACAUAGCCAACCUCCUGCGCCAGACGCCGCUCCAUCUGGCGGUCAUACUCAAGGCAGCGUCUGUGGUCAGGAGACUGAUGUCGGCAGGGGCAUCGGUUGACGUCAGAGACAGUCAUGGGAACACCCCCCUGCAUGUCGCCUGCAGAGAAGGAGACGUGGACACGGUGCAGUGUCUGCUGAAGCCGGUGUAUUACGAGGAGACACUUGUGAACAAAUACGAUAUUCCAUAUCAAAGAAUUCCGCAGGAUCUCGACAUACGGAACUACGAGGGACUCUCCUGUCUUCACGUUGCCGCUCAUGGUAACCAUAGACACGUUAUGGAACUCUUGCUGAAGAAAGGAGCAAAGGUCAACUCCAGAGACAGAAAGAGUGGAAGAACUGUCUUGCACUACGCCGCAGAAACGGGGAAUCAAGAAUUGGUCGAAUUUCUUCUCCGACAAAGAAAGAUAAACAUCAACUGUGUAACGUAUAGCGGAAAUACCCCCGUCGUUCUGGCAGCUGGAAGAGGUUAUUCUCAUAUCGUGGAAUACCUCAUAGCGAACGGUGCUGAUUGCUCUUAUCUGCGCAUGCGCGAUGACACGUCAGAUGAAGAAUGCGGAGAAAUGUAUGAUGACUUUAAGAUUGAUGGGGAACCCAUCUCGUGAGACAUAUACUUCGAGUGAAAAGAAGAAACAUUAGCCAUCCUUCGACUGAGAUCUCUUUAGUUAGUGUCCAAGACAUUAACAGAACAUGUAUUUAUCUUGUGAUCGAGCGGUGACAACGUUAGUGUUCGAAUUAUCGUUUAUUUUUCAUGUUCAAAACAACUAUAGAAACUGUUAUGUAGAAAAGUGUCUUGGUGUAACCGUCUUAAUAUAGAUAUGUGCAUAUUAUGUUUCCUUUCUACAAUAAUAGUCAAAGGGUCUAUAUAAGACAUAUGUGACUUGUUAUUAGUUUUGUCAUGAAAUGUAAAGAACAUACCGUGAACAAAUUGGAAUAAGAUAAUUUGAUUUACUGUAGUGAAAAUAACAAACACUAGCCAGACUAAUAUCGCGUAUAACUUUCUUAAAGGGGCAGACCCUAGUUUGUAAACACUACAGCACAUGUUUCACUAUAAGAGCCGUUUAUACAAACAGAAAUCAAAUAUUACGUAUAUUUUAUUGUUUAGAUUAUCCAUUUCCGCAGAACCGAAUUGUUUGUGGUCAUCCUGUUGUCUCUAAUAUCACAAAAUGUAUUUUUCAUAGUUUUAAAAACGCACGUACG